CCCGCCGCGAGGCCCGGCAGCGCCCGCUCCUCCGCUGCGCGUGCGCGGGACGGCCCGGCGCCCGGUGCGAAAGAGAGAGGUGGGGGAGGGAAGGGUCUGUCGCGGUUCCGUCCCGUGCUGAGGCCAGGCGCGGAGAGACAGGGAAGGGGGGGCGUGGUAGGGGGUGGGAGCGGGGAGAUGGCGAGCCUGAUCCCCACGGCGGCCUCUUCUCCCGCUGGAGCCCCAUCGCGUGGCAAGAAGCGCCCGGCCAGUCCGGGUACCGGCAGCGCCCCGUCCAAGAAAAAGAAAGUGACGGCACCGGGCGGCUCGCAGAGUGCAGGUGGGGAGGCCAUGAAUGAAAACAAAUUUCUGAACACAGACUCCAGCACAGGAUCAGUGGAAACAACCGUCCGACCAUUACCAUUUAAAGAUCCAAACUUCAUUCACUCCGGCAUUGGUGGAGCAGCAGCUGGCAAGAAGAACAGAACUUGGAAGAACCUAAAACAAAUUCUUGCUUCUGAAAGGGCAUUGCCAUGGCAACUAAAUGAUCCUAGCUAUUUUAAUAUUGAUGCUCCUCCCUCCUUUAAGCCUGCCAAGAAAUAUUCAGACAUUUCAGGACUUCCGGCAAAUUACACAGAUCCUCAGAGCAAGCUGAGAUUUAGUACUAUUGAAGAAUUUGCCUAUAUUCGGAUGCUUCCUUCAGAUGUGGUUACAGGAUACCUGGCUCUAAGGAAAGCAACAAGUAUUGUUUCCUGAAGAGAACAAAUAUUGUUGUAUAUUGGUUUGAACAGUGCUAAUUUUUAGAAAUGUUAUGGAAACGGACUGUGGGACUGAGGUUCCUUAAAACUAUCCAUGGAUAUUUAUGUCUGUAAGUAAUUGAUGAUGAUGCAUGAAUUUGAAGAACAUAAGGAUUUAAUUUUGAUAAAUGCUGAUAUUUGUUAGUUUGCCAAUUUGUAAGCUAUUUGGUUUGGUGAACAGAAUAGCUUAGGCCUUAAAGAUAUGAAUCUGCACCAUAAUGUUUGAGUUAUAUUAAUUUAUGUAGAGACAGGAUUUCAUCCCCACUGUAUAUAUUUUAUGUACUGCUCUGGCAUGGAAAAGAGUAAUUUGAAUUAAGGAAAAGGUACCAAGAUAUCCCAACUUCUGAACCUGCUUUACAGGUGUGCUUGCCAGUUAGCUAUGAAGUUUGUCCCACCUGUAAAAGAAGUUAAAAUACCUAGCAAGUGCUGCUGUUGUGAUGGCUGUUUAUGGUACUGAGCACUGUGGAUAUGAACAGCUUCACACAAAUACUUGCAUUGAAGACCUGUCAGCAUAAAUAAAGUUGGGCUCAAACUUGUGUCUAAAAUAACCUAAUGAAUAUGCAUAGUGGGAUAGAAUCAAGUAAUUAGGUAACAAUCAUGACACUUUGUAGUUUUUGAGUUCUUCAUUUCACAACCUGAUUAUUCUUCUACCAUUACUAGCUAGGACAAUCUUAGUACUAGUUUGUACAAAAAAAAGUACUAAUUUCCCAGACUUCUAAAAAAUUCUUCUGAAAAAGCAAGAAUUCCACAGCCCAAUGGUGUUCUGACACCCUGGUGGUCUUCAGCAAGGUGAGACCUCCUAUGUCAGGUCACUUUGCACCAUGAGGUACCAGAAGAAUAAUGGACAGCAACUGAAAGUUGUCACCCUUUAGAGGAGGGUGACUGAAGGAGAGUUUGGACUUUUGCUGAGGGGGCUGACUAGUACACACUAACAUCAGAUUGACCAUGAUUUCCUGAAACUAAGUCUAGGGACAAGGGGGCAGAGGGUUUUCUGCCCAUUCUUUCUUUUUGUCCUUUUUCUUAUGACCAACUUGUGAUUUAUCUUUCCACUUCUGCAUCUUUGUCCAAGCCUUAGACUUUUGUCAAGUUUUAAUCUGGACUCCAAGUUCAGGCUGAACUAUUCCUAUCCUCCAACAGCACUGCCUUCACAUACACAUGCCACCAACUACCCUGUAAGGUGUGGCACUUACCUCCCUUAACUCUUUCAGCUUGUGGGUGUUAGCCAGAAGGGGAGCUAGGCAAGUUACUUCUUGCUAGAAAUGCUCUUCUCCCAUGUGCAAAACCACCAAAAUGUGUCCCAUAGCUUGUUAAUCCUGGACUGUCCAGUACUAGGAAGAUGAGAUUCUGACAUGGGGCACCAUUCCCUCUGGCUCAAGUUCCAUCGUGGCCACUGGGAUCUUGGGCCGGGCACCUUUUCUCUCUGACUGCACAAGCAGUGCACAGUGGUAACUAGUUAGUGUCUAAGCUGCACCUUGAAUGCACAUUUCUAUAGGCGUGAUAAUUGCCAGUACACACUUUUUUUUUUUCUCUGAAAAAUAAAUAUGCAGUAUUAUUAAUGCUAGUUUAAUUUCAAUACCAAAACAAGAAAAGCAAUAACCGAACAUAUUGUUUAAUAAAGUCCAUGGGACUCAUUCUGCAGAUUUUGUGAUCUAAUAUUUACAAAAACAAAGUAAUUUUAAAAGUCUUUGAGAUGCUUACAAUGGAUCCUUCAAAGCCCUGGAUACCAGAUAAUGCUACAACUGUAUCACACAACAAAAAAGAACACAACAGGAUAUCUCUCUUCAUGCCAGUAAGCAUCUAAGCCACAUUCUCUUUGCAUCCAAGUUUUACAAUGAAUGUUUCUAACUUUAUGUACUGAAGAUGUGUUUAUAAGAUAAGCUUAACGCUGAUAUGAGAACACAAAGAAAUGCUGUGAGAUCAUUUCUGCUUUAAGUAAGCAGACAGCAGCUCAGAAAAUUGUAUUUCACCAGCUUCUUCUCUCCCACAAAUACUUUUUAACAUUCUUUGAAAAUGACUGUUUCGGAACCAGGCUCCCUCAUCAUGAGAAGAGCUCCAUGCACUCCUGUAUUGUACAAUAAGAUGUUGCUCCCCAGCUAAUUUCUACUAUGGAGUGUUUAUGCAUUGCAUUUUCAUUUGGCAUCAGAAAUGAAAGUCCAGUUUAGAUUUGGCUAAAAAAUGACGUGACUUUUCUCUCAAUGUUUUCUGUCCAUAUGAUGCCUGCUAGAUUCCCUUUACCUUCCAUGUUUCUUUCUUUGUUAGCUACUGGCCCUUUAUCUUAGUGAGUAGUACCUCAUUUUUACUCAUUAGACUGUGCAGUAGUCAAGCCAGGAGUGAUGACUCAACCACCAAAACCAUUCAGCCUUUUAGUGAUCAACAACAGUUUACUAUGUGGAACAAUCAAAACAAAUUCGUUUUAGCAGGAAGCAGAGGACAGAAAAGCCAUAGCAGCCAACAUGUAGGAUGUUGUUCAGUCUGACUAGGUUCUUUCUGGGAACCAUAUGUGGACCUGCUGCUCUCAUGAAUAUUUUUUAUGAGAGAACUGAGCAAUACCUUCCUUCCUGUAUAUAAGAGAAAAUAUGGGUAAGUUAAGAGCUAGCCUGUGCUAUGGAGCAUUUUUAAAAUAUGUUUUACUGUCAGCUUUAGAAGAAGUGAAAACUGAGGAGUACAUUUGUAUUUAAAAGUACUUAUGGGAUGUUUAUCCAGAUAAACUUAAAUAACUUGAAUUUAAACUGCAAAGAGGACGAGGCAUUUGAAAAGAGAAGCAGUGACAAUACCAUUUCAGACUUGGGGAGAAUGUGUUUUGGCUAAUAAUACUGCCAUAUCUGUGAAGCAGAAAGCCAGCAGUCAGGGUUAGGACUAAUUUGUUCAAGUACAACGUUUAGUAUCUGUGAAGUAUCACCUGAAUGCAUUACUUGAUACAGAGCACGGAUGGUUUCAGCCUCACAUACACUUGCAUUAAUAUGUUCCCCUGUCAUCCCCCUCCAUUACCCUCUGGAACGGCUCACAGCACUCCAGUUGCUGAGCUCCCUCAGAAAUCCCACUGAUGUUAAUGGGAAGUGAGCUUGUCCAGCAACUCACAAGGCACAAUUCAACUGGCUAAGCUUUACCUUUAGUCUUUUUGUUGGGUGUAAAACAUAUUUUCCUUUCCUCAUCUGUCUUCUCUCUCAGAAAGAAUGAGCAUGUUCACCAGAGGCCAAGCUCCUGUUCUGUGCAGUUACUUGCAAACACAAGAUGGAGGGGGAAGGUUCUCUGCUCCAGCUUUCUGUGGGCUUUUUCAGAAUUUUUUUAGGACUGCAGUAGCUUAUACUUGCCCCAUUAUUUGGGUGAAUCUGCUUGCCCUCUAGGCCUGGGCAAAGGAGGCCACUGCCUCUGCAGCAGUCGGGCACAGAGCAGCAGAGCUGCCAUAGUCUGGUUGCCUGGGAUUGCAGGAGUGCAGGGUGUGGAUAGUGGAUAGGAGAGUAAGAUGCUGGAGCCCCAGGGCUCUUGCCUUGAUUAUUUGCUGCUGGUUUGUACUACCCAUGGAAACUUCCCAUCCCAACCCUACUCUCUGCUACAUCUCUACUAGGAAUGACCUUGGCUCCAUGUCCUAGAAAGCAGCAAAGUUGAACUGAGAGAGGCCUUGGGCUGGCUCAUUUCUGAGCUCCUGCAUUUCACUGUCCAUGCUUUCUCCCAUCUUAGCAUUCGGGAUCCCUAUGGAUUCAUUCCCUAUCUGGAAACCUACCUUAUAUAGGUUUCCAUAGAGAACAGGGAUAGCAGGCAUGUGCAAGGAGAUGUGUUUUGAUCUCCUUUGACAGAAGCCUCUAAGUGUCAAAUUCCGGUAAAGCAGAAGGAAGUGAAGGUAGGCAAAGGGGAGAACAUUUUACUGGUGAAGAAUAUAGAAGUAAAAAUCAACUAGUAUAAGGUUAAACAGUUUUGUAAGUUCACCCUUAAGAAAAAAACUCAGAUUCUCUGCAUGAUGACAGUCUUUUUCCUGGAGGCUAAGUAAUCUUUAAUAAAUUCAUACAAUAAUAGUUUAUCACUAGAAAACUUACCGAUACCUUUUAAGACCAUUUAAAAUCUCUGACAAUGUACCUGGUUUACAUACUUCAAACAAAAUAGCAUGUAGGGUUUUUUUCUGAAUCACUUCAGGGAAGAAGGCUUCCAGAGACUUGAUGUAAGAUUCUGGGACAAAUGCCCUCGCUUAGUGCUCUUUUAAACAAGAAGAAUAAAGCAGUACCUGUGUUACUGAACACUUGAGUCACACAGAAAUUAUGAUACCGUUGAUACUAGAAUUCACAGAAAUCCCUUCAUGUUUUUCUGAUUCUAGUAUGUAUCCUCCAAUUAAAUAUAAUUUUUCUCUGCCUGUUGUAGAGCAUGGAUGGGUGGGACAUUUUUCAGGUUAGGAAAAACAUUUUGUUCUAGUCCAUUUGGUAUCUGUGAACAUUGUUUGACUUGCUUUUGUAUCAUCUGAGCAACUUAACAAAUCAGUCUUUCCAGAUCAUGACAUUACUGCAAAUUACAAUCUACAGACAGCAAUAGCAGUAAUCUCUUGGGAGAGUUAAUAACAACAACUAACAAACACUGAACUAUUGGUAAAUAAUCCUUGUGUUACUGCACAUGGUUUAUGACCUAUGAGAUCACAUGUCAUGUGUUAAGUACAGAACAUUGUUUUUUCUGACUCUAGCCUAAAAUCAAUAAUCUCUACAUGAAAAUCAUGGUACUAGUGGACUAGACAAUUAGUUGGUUUUGUGGCCAGCUGUGACUCGUGUUUGCCAGUGUGUUCCCCUCUGGGCAAAAGCUCCUGUCAGUUGCUUGCAUGCUGGCUGCUGCAGCCAUAUUACUUGGCUCUGGUACACCCAGCAUAGCACCCCAGAAAACUGCAUCUGGCUUAUUGGAUGCAGAUUAUUAUCUAAAGUCUUCUCCAAUGUUGCAAAUUUGAGAUGCAAAAAUUAGUCAUCUCUCUAACAAAGGAAUCAUUUGUGAGCCACUAAUCACACACAGCACAUGUCAACAGUGUCUCUUUUCUCUGCAAGUCUUGAAUCCAAAGCAUAGUUUUCUUCAAAGGAGAAUAGGAGCGCCUCCUGUGAGUACUUCUGUUUCAAAACAGGUCACACACAAGCAAGUUCUCAGCAUCAGGUUUUUGAAUUUUUGAAGACAGCUGCCUAUCCAUGCAUGGAAAGAAAGUGUUUCCUGCCCCAUCCUAUCAAAAUAAAUUGGUGUCUGUGCACACUCGGUGCCUCUGUAUAGAUCUGAUUAAUCUGCAGCAAUGAACCCUGAGGAGCAGAGGUGCUGGCCUGGUCUGCUUGGUCAAUACUUGGCAGGAGUCGGACACUGGUUAAGCAUGGCUAAUAAGGAAUGUCUGAAUUAUGGCUCUGAUCCCAUUUAUAUCC